CGCAUUUGUAAAGUUGCCUUGAUUGCGUUUGUACGACUUGGAAACCGUCUCCGCAGGGGUAUCCAGUGGCGAGUUUACCAUGCCAUUAAAAUGGGCGGACUUGUGCGUGCGCGAAAAGCUGUUCGGGUCGUGAAAUCUCGAUUCGUGAGUGUUUUGAGAGUGUAAUUUUUUUAUUUGACUUCUUACAAAGGAGAUUGUGAGUCUGGACACAAGAAUUCUGAUGUGUUUUUGUUUUGAUUUACUUUGACGAGAAAAAGUUCCUCGAUAGCUGUACUGCCGUUCCUGAAAAUGGGCCUGAAACGUUUCGAUGUCUACUUUGACAAUCCAGAUGCAACAUAUUAUGGUGGACAGACAGUAUCGGGUAGAUUAUUUCUUCAUUUAGAUGCGACGAAAAGGAUUAGAGGAAUUGAAGUACGUGUUCGAGGAGAAGGUGAAGUGAGAUGGACAGAAACACGACAAAUACGUGAAGAUGGUAAAAUGCGCCCAAGUCAUGAGUAUUUUCGGGGUCAUGAACAGUAUUUUGAUAACAAAUACUAUGUUCUAGGUGGUACAGGGUCCGAUAUUAUGCUUCAGCCUGGUGACCAUUGCUACCCUUUUAGUAUAGUUUUGCCUGAUACUCUACCAUGCUCAUAUGAGGGACGCUUUGGUCAUAUAAGGUAUAUAGUGAAAGCUAUAUUAGAAAGACCUUGGAAGCACCACCAUGAUGCCAAAGCUGCUUUUACUGUAAUUAAUCACUUCGAUUUAAAUAUUGAUCCAAAGCUGAAAGACCCAUUUGUAUUAAGCCGAGAGAAAUGGUUGGGUUGGUGGUGUUGCCGUAGUGGUCCUCUUGGACUGUCAUUACGUGGAUCAACAACUGGUGUGGUUCCUGGACAAAAUCUGCCUGUCACUGUAGAAAUGGAAAACAGCACCCGGCAGAUGGCUAGAGCUGAACUGUAUAGUGCUCGUAGAGAUGUUGUGGUCAGCACUCCCAUAAUGGUGGGGACAGUGCCUUUGAAGCAGUUCUGGCCUAUUCUGUCUCCUAUUCCACUUACACCACAACCAGUAAAAAUUGCUGAUGAAUUGGAAAUACAACCAGUACCUACUGAAACACCUUCUCCUUAUCCAGAACUUCCCCCUCCAUUUUAUGAAGAGUGUUCUCAGGGUUCUCAUAAUAUUCGUGACCCUAAUGACAGUGAAUAUACAAGAGGUUGUUUGGAUUUUAUGCCACACUAUCCAACAUAUAAUUUUGAUCAAUAACAAUUUCAAAAGCAAUAAUAAGUUUUGUGGGAUUGAUUCCAACUUCAAAGAAAGAUGAAGGGCUUACUUUUCUAUCAAGAAAUAUGUUACAAAUACUUGCAGAAUGGUAAUCUGAAGAAUGAUUUAAAGGAUAAAUAUUUCCAUUAGAUUUUCAUGAGUUCUUUUACAUGAAAUCAUAAUGAAUGUGUUCAAUUCAUCAAUUCUCUGCACAUUACUUUUGAAAUCCCAGUAAUAAUUUUGAAUGGGAUAUGAUACUGGAGAGUUCAGUAAAUCUGUUAUUUCAAGUGAUUUCUUUAAGUUUUAAGAAUUUCUUAAGUUGUUUUUUCCUUUUGAACCUUGAAAUCUUUAGGGUAUAGAAAGAAGUAAUGUGCACCAAUAAGAGAGGGAAAUGAGCUUUUAAGGUUUAUACAGUUCAACGAAUUAAAGCUCAGUAAAUUGAAUUUAUAAACAUCAACAUUGAAUUGCCUACAUUGUUUGGACAACAAUACUCAAUUUAUCCCAUUUGCAUACUUUGAUGGGGUUCCCAGUCAUCAGUCAGCCAAACCUUCCUACAAAUACUUUGAUGAGAAUGUGUCCAUUAUCAUAAAUAUUGUGGUUUAGUGAUGCUGUAUUACUGAUUGAAUAUAUUAAAUUUACAAGUAGUUCACAGCAUUCUUAGUUCAGAGUAAUUCAUAUUAUGAAGUGUGUAUGAAAGAUCUCUAAACUCCAAUAUUUAGUCCCUGUCCAUUCAAUUCAUUUGUAACUCAAGUAAAAAUUGAAAAAAUGUAUACAAGCCACUUUUUAAGUUUGUUAAAAUGAUAAUGACAAAUUUACAAAGACAAUAUGAUCUGCCAAUUGAGGAAUUUAAUCUUUAACAGGGCCAAUACAUGUGCCAUAAAGAACACAUACUGACGAUGAACAGGCUUCUUCUAGAAGAUGUAACACGAAUUAAAAUUUUGGAAACAGAAACUCAAAAAGUGGGAAAUGUCGUGAAACUUGCUAUGAAUGUGAAAAGUGUUGGAUUUCUCGGCAUAUUGAGGAUUGUUGUACAUUAUUUUUCACAUAUCUGAACUACUAGUGAAAAUUAAUUUUUUUAAACACUAUUUUUGAUGGUUUAUUGAAAAUAAAGCAGUGCAACACAUUACUAAAAAAUGAUAUUUCAAGAGAGAAAAAGUAAGAAAACAAGGUUUACCAAUGAUUUAAAGAGGAAUUUGGAGAACUAUACAGUGUACUUGAUGCAUGUUCAGAGCACUUUCUAAUGUCUUAUGUAAUGGUAUUUUCAAUAGACUUGAUUAUUGAUUUGACCCAAAUUUGUAGUUCACUUUCUUGAUUGUCAUUAAAUGUGAAGUGUGUUUCAGGGCACAAGAAAUUACUUUUUGUACAAGUUAUGAAAUAAUAAAUUGUUUCUCUACAUAAUUUUAUGUCUAUUGUUCAACUAAUGGACAAUCAUUCUUUAUCAUUAUUUUUAUUCUUGUUGCUAUUAUUUCUAUAUUGUAUAUCAAUAAACCUUUGUCCUUUGUGAAUUAUUUAAUUGUUUGCCUCAAUUCUUGGUUUAUUAAUUUAAAUGUAUCGAUAAUAUUUCAUUACAAGUUUCCCUAGGUAUCUUUGAGGUUCCAUUGAAGUAUAUUGUUCAGAAAUGUAAAUUUUCCUCUCUUGAACUUAUGUAAUAACAUAAUUUUAAAAUGAUUUGCCGAUUGUCUACAUAGAGUACAAAUGAUAGAGGAUUGUAACGUUAAGGAUUAAGGAUUGUAAGAUCAAUUUACAUUGACCUACAAUACAAGAUUGAUGUUUGAUUGUAACACAUUUUGUAAUUAUGUGGAUUGAUUUAAACUUUUGACUGAUAUUAUGCAUUACAACCCUUAAAAAUAAUAUAAUUUGCAAUCAAAACUAUUUAAAUUAUGGAAAUAACUUAAAAAUAUGAAUUUAUUUUAAAUUAAAAAUGUU